ACGAUUUUUGGUCUUGCUCUCCUGCAGGCGCAGCCUUAUUACAUCGAGAGGGGCGGUGCGCGUUGCAGGAUGGCGGCCGCCACGGGGUUACUAAGGGUUUGCAAGCGAAGGCUGCACGUGGGGGUUCCUGCACGCCGGGCCCUGUGGGGCGGCGAGAGGAAGAAGCAGGAAGAGGCGGAGGCUGUAGACCCAGCUGUUUCAACGGAAAAGCAACCAGUUCUAGUUUGCCCACCCCUACGAAGCAGAAAAUAUCUUCCCCCUGACGAUCUACAGAGCCGUUUAGAGGCUCGUGUCAGAGAAAUAUUUGGAUCCUCCACUUGCAAGGACUGGCAACAGGUGUCACUGGAAGAGAGCAAGCUGAAGUAUCGUUUGUUGGUGCAGCUGGCUGAGGAUCUGGGCCACGUUGUCCCAAAUUCCCGUCUCCAUCAGAUGAAGAAUGCCAGUGACGUUCUGGCUUUUUACAGCACGCCUGUGAAAGACGGCUCAAAGUUUGACGAAAUGAGCACGCAGGAGCUUCCCCCGAACCUGAGAAUCCGCUGGCAAUACUGAGCCGUUUUAGAAGGGAAGGAGGGUUUCUUCUAGGGAAAUGCCUGAAGGAACCAUUGAGAACACUCAUCUUCGUAAAAACAUGGUAUUACAAGAGCGCUGCCACUGGGCAGUGGGCUUAGUGCAUCAGCUUCAAUACUUCGUGGUUGAUGAGAGGAAUAAUUUGAGUACGUUCCUAAAUACAGGCUGGGCAUUGAUGAAUGGAAAUGGUGACGGCUGACGUAAAAUGCUGGACAAUAAAUGAACCUUGACUGUG